GCGCAGCUCGCCAUUCCCUCACCGUAGCUCGCCUCCGUACUCCGUGUGUUGUACGCGAUAUGCCAACGUCGUCUGUGUGCUGUGCUGUGUGUUAGUGUGUACAGUUCCGCCCGUGUUGGAUCUACGUCUGACCAAGUCAACCACACCGACUACGAAAUGGGGUGUUUUGGCAGCAAGGACAAGCUGUCCAAAGAAGACAUGGACUUCCUCAAGUCUCAUACAAGAUACGACGAAGCCACCAUAAAAGAAUGGUAUAAAGGUUUUAAGCAAGACUGUCCUAACGGGAGGUUAACGCCAGCCAAGUUCGUCGACAUGUACAAGAUGUUCUUUCCAAGUGGGAAUGCAGAAGAAUUCUGCGACCACGUUUUUCGAACAUUCGACAUGGAUAAAAACGGUUAUAUUGAUUUUAAGGAAUUCCUUCUGGCCAUCGACGUAACAUCGUCAGGAACCCCAGAGGAGAAGCUCAAAUGGGCGUUUAGAAUGUACGAUGUCGACGGAAACGGCGUAAUAGACAUACAAGAAAUGACCAAAAUUGUUCAGGCGAUAUACGACAUGCUCGGAGCAUGUUCUUCUAACCGACCGGCCGAUUCAGCGGAAGAACGAGCCAAGAACAUCUUUGCCAAAAUGGACGAAAACAACGAUGGUCAGCUGACGCAAGACGAGUUCCUCAAAGGCUGUCUCCAAGACGAAGAGUUAUCGAAAAUGCUUGCACCAUAAUAAACUCGUUUCCAUUCUUUGGGAAUCAUCUUCUUCUUAAUUUUUUGGAAUGGGUGUAGUGAUAUAGAUCGCAUCCAAGAAUCGGGAUCUGUUCCGUUUUGAUUGGCCGAGCUACCGGCUUCAAGGGUUCCAGGACUCAAAUUCGGUUUGUUUUGAAUGUUUGCUGUUUGAUGAGUUUUCCACGAAGAUUCGGUGCUUGCUUGCCAAAUGUUUGUCGAACAAUUAAACACCGAACUACCCCAGACGGGGUAUUUUGUUUUGUUCUCGAUAAGUAUUUGUUUACAGUUUAGAUGUUAUGCGAUUUAAAAAUCAUUACAUUCCAUUGUCUGAUAUAUUGUCGGACUCUUACUUCGAUCUUUCUCCGUUCAUCUUUUGAAUGAAAUCCUUUGUCAUGACUCAGAUUUUAGACUUUGUACACCAAGCCUCUAUCCUCGCUAGCGUUUUAGAUCGCAGAAGGUUAAAUGACACGGUUGAGAGGUGAUUUGGGCUUACACAUCACGUAGGACCAGAUGUAGUAGUUUUGUAAAAAGAUAUACAUACAUAUACAUAUUACCUUUCUAAUGUUCUAUCUUAUAAUGUUAAGUUAGUAGGACAGAAUGAGAGUACUUCAGUGGUAGCUAUAUUAUUAAUUUUAAAGAUUUUGAGUUUAAAUUUUAACUUUGUAGGUGUAAAUUUUAAGAAAAUUAAUUAUUUUUCAAAUCGUUUGUGUGUUAUAAGAGUUUUUUACAGCAUUCUAUGACUUAUUAAUACACGGUUAAUUUUUAAUAUCACUUAAAAUGCUAUUAAUUAGUUUAUUAUUUUCCAACGCUAUUGAGGACCCAAAAAAUGUUCUUUUAAUUUUCUAUUGCACUUUUUUUAUUUUUGUUUUUUUUUCAGCACUAAUUUAUUGGGGUGUGCCAAAUAAUGUUAACUUUGUCUUAAGUAUCAAAUAGGAUGAUGACUUCCAUAUUUUCAUACAUUGUAGAUAAUAUAUCAAAUCUUUAAUAUUUUUUAAUUGUCUUAAAUAAAUGGCCUAAAUAUUCAUAUUUUGUAAACACUUCAAUAUUAUACUGUUUGAAAAAUAUACAUUUUCCUAGUUUAAAAUACUUGAAAUUGGAGAUAUGUAAAAUUGGUUUUUCGCUAUUUCAUAUUGGGGAAACGGAGAACAGGCCACCUCUGGCCCUAAUUCGCAUAUAGAAGUUUGGUUAGGUUAGGUUAGGUUAGAAAAUAAGGAGUAGUAAAAUUCAGGAUUUCAGAUGAUUUAUUAAAACCAACAUACAUGAUUUAUUUGAUUUUAAAACAUACUCAUUUCAAUGACUUUUUUAGAUUCUGUCUUUUUAACCUGAAUGAAAUAUUGUAGUUUGCUUAAAAUAUUGUAAAUGAAAUUUGAAAAAAAACGUUUGUAUGGAACCUUAGUUAUAUAGGUCAACCUCUAUUUCGUUACCUGAUAGUACAAAGACAAGUAGGAGUGAUGAGUUACAACUUCAUUAAACAAAAGCAAAAAUCUCAACUCCGUAGGCUGACUGAAAGUUCCCAUGAGUAUGAAGUCAUGAUAAGUUUGGGAUUGAUUGUUUUUAGCUACCACUGAGGUACUGUGUAAUUCAGUUUUGUAAGGGAAACACAAAUAGGUCCAUCCAGUUACCUUAGAAACUUGCUGGAGUGUCAAGCCAUUUGCCAUUUGCUGGUUCGUAACCUUACUCAUGUUAGAGUUACGAUUUAGAUUGUCACAUUUCUAGGCUUAAUGAUGGAGGGUUGAUGAAACUUGGAACCAUAAAAAUUUCGGUGUUAAAACUCUAAGUCUAACGACCAUAAUUUGUUUGCCAUUUAAAUGGACCAAAUAAAAUUAUAGCUUGUAGUUUAAAUUACUAAAAUCACAAUAGAAAUCAUCUUUAACACUAGGAUUACUUGCAAACCAUUAGUUUCUUAGGUUCUAGGUUUUAUGAGAUGUUUUUGUGAAAUAGUAUUGUUGUUAAUCCUUAUUGAAAAGUAGAAGAUUUAUUUGAAAAUGGAUUUUGUUUUGAAACUCAAUCACGCUUACGCCCAUUGGCUCGGCUGUCAGUUAACGCCUUAAGGAAACUGAACUGCCGAACAAUUAUUUCAGUUGGGGAUGCAGUUUUUUUCUGUAUACUUAAAGAUGUUUUCUAUAUUUUUAUAAAGUCGUGACUUAAAAGUAACAUAUUAAAGCAUCAUUAAGAUUACAUGAUUAUUGUGUCACUUUUUGAAAUAGUUUUUUAAUAAACUACUACUUGCUAGUCACCCUGUUUAAUUUUUAAAAACAUGUAUGUUCUGUUACUCAGUAUGAAGAUAAGUGUAGAAAUGAAUGUUUUAGCUUUGUGUGAUUUUAAGAUCGAAUAUGCUUGACAAAAAAUAAUUAAAUUUUAAAUAAAACUAUAUAGCAAAUAGUUCAAACUGAGUACAUUUAAAAAGGUUAAAAUAUUUAGUAUAAUCAUUGUAUAUAAACUAUGUUACUUAUGAUCUCAGAAUUUCAAAUGUCACUUACAAAUUGAAAGCCAACAAAACUAUAAUUAUUGCAUUUAUUUUUCAAUUUAAAUAUGUAGAGAGAUACACAUACAACAGAAAAAUAAUAUUAAAAAAUGACUAAAGUUUGCUGUUAUUUUUACCUCUAAAAACCUGGAUGAUAUGGGUACACAUAUCCAAAAGCCUAAAAUGUGAUACUGUAUUAAAUUCCUUUUUUCAGCUUUGCAUUGGCGUUACCAUUAGUAUUAUUGUCUAUUAAAUUAGUAUAUUAUCUCUCUGUCAAGUUUUGUUUAAAUAUAACAUUUUAAGGGGAUUAUGUAUCACCUUUUGUUAAGUUUAGGUAUUUUACAAAUGCUAAACCUUCUUAAAACGGAAUUGACAUGUCUUAAAACAAAAGUCAAUUAAUCAUAUAAGAAAUUUUGUAAUCGUUGUUUUAAUAGUGUUGUUAAUACAGAUAAUGUUUAAUGGAUUAGUUAUAAUACCAUCCAAUGAAACAAUUUUACCACAUAUUCUAAGAUAGCAAAGAUCUGUUAUCAAGAUGGAUCAACAGUUGCCAUAUUUUGUGCCAUGUUUGUAUUUAUUUCUCAGGAUGACUUAAAAAUAUAUUUGCUUUGAAAUCGACUAAGUGAAAAUAUUGCAACUUUUCUGUUGAACUAGGAUUACGAAUUUAAAGCUAAUUGAAAUCUGCGGUGGUAAAGAAAGUGAGCCGAAACAAAUAUUUAAUACAAUGUUUGAUUAUUAAUUAUUGAAAUAAUUUAAGAAAACUUAACCCUUUUUGUAAAUUUAUGUACAUUUACUUCCUAUUUAUUGCUUAUUAUAUAGUUAAAUCACUUAUAAUGUUUGCUUUUAGGUAAUCUUAUAUUACGCACUGGUAUAGUAAAUGCAAUCAAAGAAGUAUAAAGCAAAUCAUGACAUACUUGUACAUGUGCAAAAAUCAAUGAUUUUUUAUGCAAUACUGCUUGUAAUUGUAAAUAUUGCAAAUUAUUUAGAAGCUGUACGGCUGCUUUGAUUAAGUUUAGCUAAGUAUUCAUACCAGUACUUAUUUAUAGGUUAACUAAAUGAUUGUUGUUUAUUUAAUUAUGUUAUUUAGAGGUUGUUUUUAUGGCACAACAUAUUGUUAAUAGAAGGCAACCUUCACAACUGAUGUAAAACUGAUUUAGUUUGGAAAUCACCCAUUGUGCUCAAAUUAAUAUAGUAAAUUGAGAAAUUUUCUGACACUUCAUGUUAAGUAUUUUAUAAUUUAUUUAAAAAUAUGAACACUAUUUUAAUUAGCAGGGUGCAGGGUGUUUAUAAAAGAAUGCCGAGAUUUUAAACGGUCGUUGCUCGGGAAUUAGUCAAGAUAAUGAAAUUAUUUAAAUGUCAAAUUGAAGGAAAAAGAACAAAGUUUUUCUCGUAUUUUGAUACAAUUCAGAAUAAUUGAAUUAAAUUCAGAUUUUCAUCGAUCUUAUAUAAGCAUAAAACUGGCAAAGUCUGUACGAUUAUGGCGAUUGACGAGUUUAUAUGAUAUCUUAACUGAAAAUUUUAGGCACAAAGACUAUCUUUUAAACAUCAUAAAGUGUUGAUUUAGGUAUGUUCAACUGAAGACUUUGUCGGGCAUUCAAUUUUUUGGGGGCUUCUGAUGCAGAACUGUUGCAUUUCUUCGACGAUGCCAUCGCUUGUUUUUAGCCGGCUAGGUGAAUGUCUUUUCAAAACACUACGGUGCCAAAAAACUCAUUCAACCAGCGUCAAAUUUCUUUAUCAUCAAGUUUAUUUAUAUUUGGCUUAAUUUAACAAUCGAUAUAAACUCUGUGAACCACAGAUUACACUCAGUGUCUUCUGUUGUGCCGCAAACAUCGUACUGGCGACUGGCGUCAUGCGAGUUAGUUGCAAUAGUGGCCUAUCACCCCGCACCUGUUUUGUGCAUGCCAAGAUCAAAGUUUCCUCCCUUGCUACAUGGGAAACAAAACUUAAGUUAUUUUAGCUUUAAUUUGACGUAACAAAUGUUUCGUUACCGGUACCUUGAAUAGUAUCCAAGCAAUUACAGUUUUAAUUCGCGGCAUUCUUUUAAAAACACCCUGUAUAUUUUUUAAAUCAAGUUAAACUAAAACAACAAAAAGUGUUUUUAUUUAUUCUUAAAAUGUACUUUGUGUUGCAGUUUUCACUUUUCUGGUAACGCUUAUUUUUCAACUGUACCUAGUGUUAAACACAAUUUUGCUGUGCUAUUUGUAAGUUAAAAUGUUUUUGAUAUGUUCAAUAAAAACACAUUACAAUCUAAUGCGUCUUGGAACUGUUACAGACACAUUUUCCUUUUGAAAUUUAAAAACAUUCCAUUCAGAAAUUGAGUUGUUAGAUGAAAUAUAACUAAAACGAUUAGAAGAUUAGACAAACUAAACUCCUGGCAAUUUCAAGCAGGACAAUCACGAUGUGAGGCGAAAGUAAAACUCACUUUGCUUUUUCCUCACACACUUUAGUUUUAAUCAGAAAUUGUUAUAACAGAUAUUAUUGUUGUUUGUAUCUAAAAUAAACCAGUAAAUAUAAAAACUAAACAGUUGUCAGUGAAUGUGGCGUUCGGUCAGUAUAGGUCAGCAACUAGCUCGUGACGGUCUCGUACUUCUCCCACUGGUUAUGUAGGGUCCUUGCGAAGGCACAAUUUUCUGCACACUUUUAUAUUUUUGUACUUAUAUUUCUUAUGCACAUAUGUAUAAACUGUAACUAUUUAUAUAUAUUUUUAUGUAUCUGUAUUUAAUUGUGCCCAUUUUUGUGUUCCUUCUCCCAAUGUGAAUUUUAUUGUAAAUUUGGUUUGGAUCCUGAAGUGUAUAUUGUGACAUGAUGGCAAUCUUACAAUAAGAUUUUGAUGUUUAAA